UCCAUUGUCAGGUGAGAUCCCGGUCUCCCCGCUCCGUGCUGUGUAGAUGGUACAGUCCACAUGCAGUUCGGAGUUGUUGCUGAGGAGGUUCCACUGUUCGGCACAUACCGUUAAAUUGGCAUGCAGCCUACGCUUGGGUCCUGUAGCAGAAGACUUCACUGCUUUUGAAAAUGUUGCCGUCUUAUCACCGGAGUUACCUUGGACAGCAGGGCAGGGUCGCAUUAUUUCACCUUGUGUGCAGUAUUACAGGUGUGUGGGGCAGUCAGGUGAUGGUGCCUCAGAGGGUGAAUGCUGUGCUGGGGAAGAAUGUGACAUUAGAGUGCAGAGUGGAGGUGGGCACAAACCUUACUCUGACUCAGAGUUCCUGGGAGCGCCGUCUGCCUUCAGGCUCUGUCACAGUGGCAGUCUACAACCCACGCUAUGGCAUCUCUAUCCCUCCAGAGUAUAUCCAUCGCUUGUUUUUUCGCUCACCCUCGUCUUAUGAUGCCACCAUUGUCCUGGGAAAUGUGGGCUUUGCUGACGUUGGGAUCUACACCUGUAAGGUUGCCACGUUUCCUCUGGGAAACACUCAAGCCUCCACUACUGUCAAUGUACUCGUGGAGCCAAAAGUCUACGUGUCUGCAGGUUCAACUGCCCUGAUCGAUGGUGGCAAUGAUACUGUGGUGGCCACCUGUAUUGCUGAGCGGGCCCGGCCCCCUGCCGAGGUGUCCUGGGAGUCCAACCUUUUUGGCCAGUCAGAAGUGCAGCUAUUUGACGAAGCCAACGGCACGACCAGCACACAAGUGAGCUACCUCUGGCAGCCCACACGUCACGUCCAGGGCCACACACUCACCUGUGUGGUCCGCCACCCGGCUCUGCAGAGUGACUUCAGGAUCCCCUACCAGCUCAAUGUGCAGUUUGCUCCUGAUAUCUCUGUUAUUGGCUACGAUGGAGACUGGUUUGUGGGUCGGGAAAAUGCUCAGAUGACGUGCAAAGCCAACGCAAACCCACCUGCUAAUCACUUCAGAUGGAUCAGAUUGGACAGUGAAAUGCCAGAAUGGAUGGAAAGAAUGAACAGCACUUUGCUCUUCCUGCGUCCCCUCCAGCGGAAUGACUCUGGAGUUUACAGGUGCGAGGUUGCCAAUGACAUUAACCUCCGCAGUCGGGAUGUGCGCAUUCUCAUACAAGAUCCUCCCACCAUGCCUUCCACCAUUACUACUCCUGUCCUUACUGGCUCUGCCUCCACCUUAGUCGAUGAUAAGGGGCACGUUCUUCUCAGCUCCCCCACACUUGAAGCUCUACCUGAGGGUAAUCUUGGUUCCAUAGUGGGUGGGGCUGUGGGCGGGGCUUUGUUCCUGCUCCUGCUACUGUGUCUAGUCGGCGUGUGUUACCUCCGGAAACAGCAAACUUUCCACGGGAACUACUACACCAAGCAGUACCUGGGCCCCAAUGACCUCCAGAAAGCACCCACGCAGCACGAGCUCCACCCUACCAAAGCUGGCAGCAGCUCCCACCGUCAGGACCACGACCGGGAGGAGUGGGGGGACCGCCAGCUCAAACAAGAGCGUGACCGUCGUCACCAUAGCAACUACAGUGGAGAGGAGUAUCCCUCUAACGGCUACACUCGGGCAAUGAGGGAGAGCGGCCAUCAGCAGAAUGAGCACCGUGAACACACGCAGUACUCGAGUCCACGGCAGGCCAGAAGUGCCAAAUACCCUCAUUCACCUAAACCAAAGGGAAACGGCUCCCCCUACCUGUCAGAUGACUGCUACGAUAGCGGGCCCGAGGGUGACUAUGUCUCCCACACGGACGGGUCUGUCAUCUCGCGCAGGGAGUGGUACGUUUGACGAGCUGCCUGGUCCUGCAGGAGCAGAGAUACGACAGAAAUCAGAAGGUUUCAUUUAUCCAAUUAUGAAGAAACACAUUAUUUCUCUUAUGUACGCACACGCACACUUCUACUAAUCUCAAUUCUGUAGUUCCCUUAGUUUUGUUCAAGCGUCCUGGUCGACACUUGACACAUAAUGUUUCUGUUCUUGAUGUGGACUGGACUGCACAGCCACUUCGACGGUCUGCAUCUACAUGCCCACAGAAGUCGGCAUGUCACUAGUUUGUUUGUGUGUGUGUAGAGACUAACUAAAGAUCAUGUUUGUGCUGUCUCUGCCUUACUACAUGGACUGCCAAUUUAUUAAGCAUUACUAAUGUCUUUCAUUUGAGGGGGAGCCCUGGGAGCUUACAGAUCACAUAUGGUUGUCGCAUAAGAACGUUUUGUUUUGUUUCUACAAAAUCAGCCUUCUCGGGCUAUGUGAUAUUUGUAUUUGUUUGUGUUGAUAUUGCUUGCACUGAUUUGUUUAAAAGACCUCUGACCUCUGAAUACGAUUGGCUGAUAUUCAAGAAUGGUGCAGAACCCAUGACUGGAAGUAAAUUCAUGAAAUUCAGAGGGUCACAGAUCCUUUUUCCAAAACUCAGAAGAACACAGUAGAGGCAUUUAGGCUAAUUUAAAAAAAAAAAAAAAAAAAGGAUUUAUCCCACUGAGAAAUCAGAAUAACUUCAUGACUGAACUUCUCCACACUGAUUCAUAAAACGUAUUGCACUGCCUUUUGCAAAACUUUAUAAUGGACAACCACAUCUUUUUGUUUUCUACUAAAAAUGUCUACCCUUUAUGUAACUUACCAUGGUGGGAGACUUGUGAGCUUGAGGAAUUGACCACUGACGUCCUAAUAAUGUCCUUUUAAAACUGAUGGCCUAGCGCUGGAACCUUAAGAGCAUUUCUACUGUAUGUCCUCAGCUCAUCUUUUAUCCCCAGGAGAGCUACAUGCAUGCAUGAAGGCAGGGCAAGCAAGGAUGUCUGCAUGAAUGAGGCACAGUCCACUGGAACAACAGACUGGGUUUAUCAGUUUAACAGUCAAGCCUUGAAGUUUAGAUAAGCUGGACUAUAAUAAAACUUCAGUUUUUUAUUUUUUACGAUUUAUUGAAUUUGGGAAGAGUUAGUUGUCCUAUUCAUUUAGCCACAAACGCAUUCUCCUGUUGUCUGCCAGAUGGUAAUGGAUGUGUUUGAAAGUCUGCACUCUGGCACCAACCCAGGCCUCCUGGAAACUCAAGAGUGCUAUCAGCAGGGGCAUUGUUGAAAGCAGGCUACAGUAUGGCAGCCACCAUACGCUGGCCUCCCAGUCACAAAGUAUUUUGUUACACAAAGAAGUCAUUCAAGAGUGCAGCCAGUACACUCGACCACAGCGACUAAUUUCACUACUCUGAGUAAUCUGUAGAAAAAGACACAACUGUGUCACAAUCACAAUCUGACGCAUUAAUAGGCUUAUUGUUGCUUAUCCAUGUGCGCAACUGCACUAAUCAUGUUCACCAGUUAUUUUUUUAUUUAAGCAUUUAUUAUUACUACCAGUAUUACUACAGUAAAAAUAUACAUUAGAAAUCAGGUCUUCUGUGAUGGAUGUGCUGUCACUGUCACCUGUGCUUAUCAAGCCACAGCACGGUGCUUACUUACCAGAUGGGACAGACAAUAUGUUUUUACACUGAUCAUGAAACCUUUUAUUCAUAAUUAUCCUUUGAGUAUCUAUCAAAGUCACCCUGUGCUUCUUGUUUUUCUUUUUUUCUAAAAAAAGAUUUUCGGCUGGAUUUACAAUUAAAUCUGUAUUCAUUUGUAACCAGACACAUCUUAUUGCUGAUCAAGACUCUAAAAUGUUGCAGGAUGUACCAAGUACUGUGAUUGAACUGAGGAGAAAGUGUUUUCCAUGUCGGUGUCAUUGGGCUAUGGAGCUCCAGUAGUUCAGGUGUCAAACUUAGAUAUAAGCUACUUUAGAUUUAAAUAUACAUUUCAGUUUUUAAGUGAUCAGAUACAAAUCUUAUUUACCAGACAGCACGGAAGAGAUCCAACAAUGUCUUUCAUGUACACUAGUGUUUGUGGAUACAUGCCAACUUUAGUAGUAUGGUCACAAAUACAAUAUUUGCUGCCAGAUGCCAAAUAUUUGUUUAACUUGUAUGUAUAGACUAACUAACAACUUAUAUAAAUGACUAACGUAUCACUGUUGUAUACAGGGUCUUGUAGCCUGAAACGGAAGUGAAAAGAUGCUCUAGGCCACUUUAAUAUUACAGUAACAGUCGUCAAAAUGGGAAUUAGUUAUAUUGUUAUGAACCCUCACUAAUUAUUUGUCAGGGUGUGAAUUUUGUGCGGUGAAUAGGCUGCAACUCUCAUAGUGAGAGAUUUGAUAAUGUGCCACUGUAACUUGCAAGCAGAGAAGAUGACCCCCAUACUGCAGUUCAUGUUGUUUCAACUGUUUAAAACACUGUUCAGUACACCAGAUCUCAUUUAUUUACAUAGACAGAAGCCUCCCAUUAUAUUAAGUAACUUAAGUUUCAGUUCACUCCCAUGCAUUAACAUAAUUCCUCACUUACUGUCAGGGGUGUACAGAAGGUUUUAGUAUCUGUUGCCUACAACACUACAGAUCAUCUCUUUGUUUGGUAGAUAGAGUUCCAAUGAAAAAACAUUUACAGUGUGGAUCACCAAAGUAACCAGAACAAUGUUUGUCUAAAGUCGUUGGUGUAAAAUGUCUUUAACGCAAUGUUUAAAUAUCCACAAACAAAAUGUUCACCCACAUUUUAUUGAUGUCAAAUUUUGAGAGAAUCUCAAAACCUUAGUUAUUCCAAAAUGAUCUGCAUUAUUAUUGACAGCUGCAUGUAAGUGGGAGGAUGUGUUUCUUUGUCAUUUGGGUGACUUGACCCUUUUUAAUGGGAGUCUCCAAAAUGAGGUGUACAGUUGACAAUUUGUGAACCGGGUUGUCAUUUAGAUUGUUGAAUUAAAAGUUAGGUUUUGGAGGGUGGGCAUGCUGCUGACACCUAUUCUUUCUGCCUUUCCGGUCACUUUCACAGAAACGCAGGAAGCUCAGCAGCCUAACCCUUUCUUCUGUUUGCUUUUAUGCACUAAGACUGAAAUCCCACUAAUCGAUAUACUAUUUUAGCUUGACUCGUCAGUUUGCAGCCCCGCACCUGGAUUAAUGAAGUUCUUUUGUACUGUGAUGUUUUGUAUAGAGAUCAGUCAUCAAUAUCUUUACCUUGAGAAAUGUCCUUCACUUUGCGUUGAGAAAUACAACUAGUGCCUUAGAUACCUAGAAAAAGAAAUGUUUUCUUUAUUAUUGUUUAUUUCUGGAUGUGAGAACCUGUUUUGUUGCUCUGAGAUUUUAAUUUGUUGCCGUUUUGUUUUCUGCAUAUUGUGUGUUAUGACUCCAGAGUGCCAUAUUCACUUUUUCUGCCCCUGUCACCAUGACAGUUAAUGACGCAGUAUAUCUGCAAUACCUAGAGGCAUUAAAACGCACACAAAGACCAAGCUUGAAUUUAUUUAAAUGUAAAAUUAGUUAGAGCAUUUUGACUUUGCCGGUACCUGUCAGGGGUUUCUGUAGGAUCACACAGUGUAACAGGGUGAAGAAUUAACUUCAGUCUCACAUUGUCAAUGAAAAGCACCUUGUGGUCAUGUUUUGUUUUUUGUAUAUACAGAAGAAAGAUGUAAAGUUUCUGGAAGGGGGAAAAAAAUAUUUAUGUCAGUGACAACAGUGGAGCAUUAAUUUGUCAAAUCUUUUUGAGAUACUUUAGUUCAAUAAAGCACCUUAGAAACUGUGA